AUGCUAUUCGUUCGGGAGACUCAUCACCCGAAUCGCGUCGGGGAAUACGGGCCGGACCUGGGUGCCGCGUCGACUUCGAGCAGUUCGGACCCAUCAAUCACUACCACGCGCUCGACCGCCAAUUUGGUGGUACUCGGCUGGCAGCAUUUUGUCGGGUUAUACCGAUCGAUGCAAGAGGUGCUGUUCCGAAAGAGACGUGGCUGGAUCCGGUUCUGCGUCAUCACCUCCCUGGCCCUAUCUGCUGUCGAGCUGAUUGUUCUUAGU